AUGUAUGGUGCCUUUGGAAAGUCCCAGGGCACAGUGGCCAAGGUCAACAUUGGCCAAAUCAUCAUGUCCAUCUGUGCCAAGCUGCGGAAAAGGGGGCAUGUAACUGAGGCCCUAGACAGGGCCAGGUUCAAGUUCCCUGACUGCCAGAAGAUCCACAUCUCCAAGAAGUGGGGCUUUACUAAGUUUAAUGGGGACGAAUUUGAAAACAUGGUGGCUGAAAAGCGGCUCAUCCCAGAGGGCUGUGGGUUCAAACGCACCCCUAAUCAGGGCGCCCUGGACAAAUGGCUGGCCCUGCGUUCCUGA